AUGGAGAACUUUGAUGUUCACAUAACAAAAGAUCAUCGUCUGAAAUUCUACGUUUAUGACUUUGAACUGUCUCAGAAAUACAAGGAUAUUGAAACGGGUAAACCUACUGUUCAGAAAAUACGCGGUUCAAAGGGUUUUGGUACUACAGAAUCUGCCCCAUUGGUACAAAUGACUGGAUCCAGGCGGACUUUUCCUGUUGACGAUGUUGAAGGAUGGUUUUACUGUUUAUACCACAUUUUAUGUGGCUCGAUUCCGUGGGAUAUCGGGUGGCCUGAACCGGAAUUUCGUAGAUCUACUUAUGCGACGACGUAUUCGGGGAUUCGGUAUUUUUUGAAUUUUAUUUAUGUAGUCGGGCCUCGCUCUGUAAGAUAG